CCCCAAGUCGCCAGAGGGUUCAAAAACAUGUGCCAGGCGAGCCGAUUCACAAAGCACGAAGCGCCCUCUAAGUAAUGGGCGAGCCCGUCCAGCGUUAAAGAUUCGCCAACGAACUGCUACCCGAGCAAAGCACUCUGAUACCGGUAUGAUGGACAAUGGAAUGACGGAGCGGUAAGGAGACUUCGACCAUGUUGUUGCCGUGCGUGCUGGAGCACAUCUGCGCCGACGCGCCCGCGGAACGGCAACCUCUCGGAAGGACUUUUGACGUGCGCGCGCGGAGGCGCGCGCGGGGUGGCCCGCGUGCGCGAUUCCUCUCGGAGGUGUCCGAUGUGCCUGCGCGUGUGGUCGGCGUGGUCUUGUUCGACAGCACGGCAAAAACAAAAUACGCUGGUAAACAUGGUCCCUUGUUAUGUUCUCAGCACGGUGCGCGCAGCCGCGAUGCCGACUCGCUCCACGAGGAGCCGAAGAAGAUAUGGACCCAGACGUGCGACGUCCUGACUUUUUCGGGACGACGUCGCGUCGCACCGCCGAGGCUGCUCGGCCCGACCGUCGGCACUGCUGCCCGGCUCGAGCCGGCAGUCGGCACUGGCGCUGCGGGCACUGCGAGGGUGCGGCGGCACGGCGCGCGGCGGGGGCUGCGGUCGGGGACGGGGAGGGAGAGGAAGAGGAAGCGGAAGAGGAGGAAGAGGGGGGGGAAGAGCACGCAGAGAUACCACGCACGGUUGACGGGAAGGGGCGGCUCGGGUGGAGGCACGGCGGCAGGCCGGACAAAAUUCCACCCGUCGGCAGCCGGACAGAAGCCAGCGUGCGAAAAUGGAAUGCCGCGGAUAUCGGCAGAGGUGAUGCAUACCACCACUGGAUAAUGUGAAAGAGUGAAACUUAUGGAAUUAAUGAGCUGGCUACCCUGCCAGAAGCACUACAUGCAGAGGAAAAAAGGAAUAGACGAGCGGCGCCGACGUGGGCGAAGACAUAUACAGAAAAGACUUCACGAGGUCGAGCGGCUCGCCAGGGCAAUCCCCGACUUGAAACCUGCCUAAUGUGUCAAUUCGUGCCGCAUGGCACUUCUCGCGGAGGGGCUGGAUGAGACGGCCCUGGACACCUUCGAAGAGCGGCUUAGCGGCUUAGCGGGCACGGCUGCGCCACGAGGCAGCGCGACCACUGGCAGUAGGGACCCUUCUGGCCGCCGAUGUCGAUCCUGAUCACGGCUGGGGCUCGUCCGUCGCGGGCCUCGACGGCGAGCCCGAAGGCUUGCGCGCGGGGGCUCUGAAAAGCGCCUGGGCGCCUGAGCGCCGAGGAAGCCCACGGCACGCAGCCUCGCAGG